AUGCCGGCAAAAGUCGGGAACUUAGGGAGAAAAAGAAGGUUGACUAGCGAGGCGACCCUCCGGUCAAUCUCAUCUCAGCGCCAGUUAAUGGAGAAGCGGGGGAAUAUCGGACAAAACAAUGCGGACAAUCGAAAAUCAACGGUAAAAGUUUGGAAGAGAGGAAAGGUCGUUGUCAUCUCAUUGAGAAAUUCCGAAAUCCCUGAAACCUGUCCCGGGAACAAGGCGGUUCAAAAGCGGCUCAAACUCAGACAUGUAGAUUUCCAAGCAUUGCAUUCAUUAAAGCUGGCAUCUUAUGCCCUCCAAACCGCACAACAUCCGAAAUUCCAUUCCCAUCUUCAUGGCACAAAAAAGGAAAAAAGAAAAAAAAAACAAUUCAUCUGCACUACGUAUAUCGCGCUGGUGGGGCGGAACGAUGAGCAUGGUUCAUUAUCUCUCAUAAAAAUCUGGUCAAGGUCAAAAAACUUCACGAUGUCAGCAGGGUAA